AUGAGUUUCUACCAAACGACCAGUAAUUACGGUGCAACUACAAGAUCUAGUAGUAUGAAUGAAGCAAUUGUGAACAUCUCAGAUUCAGAAUCAACGACAAGCACGGGUUCUGAGGAUACUGGGAGCUUAGGUGAGGAACCAGCGACUAAGGAACAGUUGACGUAUUGGAGACUUUCAUCUAUCGGCAAAGGAGAUUCCUACUCCCUAAAAACCAUUGGAAACACAUCCUACGCUCUCGUUCGAUCUAUCCACUCCGUAUGGUUCACCGCGGAGUGGGAUGACGGGGCGGAAUCAUGGGAACCCGAAGUUUCGCUACAGGGCUAUCAACCAGAGCUGGUCUAUGCUUACUGGGAUGCAAUAGAAGGGGGACGCCAAGGGGCCACCAAAUUCGAUUUGUUCCAUGUCUUUAGGAUCCUCGAACACAGAACCAUGAGAGAUUCUAGCAGGAGACGCGCUAAAAAGCUUUGCUAUAAGGUCCAGUGGGUUGGGUACGAUGUGAAAGAUUACAGCUGGGAGCCGGCAGCGAAGGUUGCUCUUCUUGUCCCCUGGAUGAAGAAAGAGUACGAUAAGAUGCAUGGGCUAUGA